GACCUUUCACCCGGAUGUUGGUCUUCAGAGACACACAUGUCGCUGAAAACAUCUCUAACAUGGAAUUAAACGCCAAGAAAACCUGUUCCCAGGCUUUGCUGUCAUGUGGCAACGGAGGAGGUCUCAGUGAGAAGCUUCUCCUCAAGCCAAAGACUGGAGGUUCCCUGCAGACAGAGAGAGUCCCACGAAGCAGCGUGCUUGAUCGGCUGCAGAGCUUCCUGCCUCAGAUGGCCGAGGCCAACGAGAAGCUGAAGCAGCAGAUGGACGAGGCUCCCGCCGGACGCUUCGACAUAGAGAGUGUGGAGGAGGCGGAGAAGGUCAUAGAGAUGGACGUAGCGCUGGUGGAGCUCGACGGGUCAGACAGCGACGAGGAGACAUCAGACUCUGAGGAGGAAUCGGACUCUGAGGAUGACGAUUGUGAGAUCACAGAGCAGACCCUCAAACUACCCGGAGACAAGAAGAAGAAAGCCAACAUCCAGGUUCUGGACCAGCAGACAGGAUAGACCAAUCAGCUGCACAGACUUCUGGCUGAGUUUCUUUUCCACGUGAGCUGUUGUAGGAAAAAGUGUCUGAGGUGAAGAUGGUUUUCAACCCUCUUCAUGGACACAGACGGUGAACAAAGAGCUCCUGUGUGGAGACAUGCAGACCUUCCUCAUCCCUAUGGGAGCAUCUAUGAAUAUUAUUUUGUACACUUUGGGUGCCUUUGGAGACAGAACAGAUCCUGUGAUUACCUCGUCCAGUCUCUCAGUCUACGUGGUGCCUUUAAGUGUAACACACAUUCUUAUGUUAUCUUGAGGUGCAGACUAGUUGUGCACAGUUGUAAUAAGUAUGUGUGAUUAGGUGUAUGGAAACCAAAGCCUGCUACUCCUGGUUUAAUUCAUUCUGGAUGAGCUGAAGCUGGAGUGUCGGCUACCUUUAAUCCUAAAAAACAUCUUUUCUUUAAAUUGUCAUAAUUGCCCAUGUUGUCACAAACUGUGGCUGAGUUACUUUUCAAGGUGAACUGCUUUUAUAUAUUUUUAUAGAGAGGUCGAUGAUGGUAACCUCCAUAAGCUGCCAGACCAACUCAUGCCGCACAAAGCAGCACCUCUGAAUGUACUGAACGGAGCAGAGGAACGCCGUGUUGUUUUGUGUUAACUGGAAUCAGAGUUUGCGGUCUUCCUCUUCUUCUUCUUAUCUGUUGUUACAUUUUAAUCAAUAUUACCACCUACCAGGGAGUAUUUUCUCCCAGUGAGAACUAGCGUCUGCUCUGUGGAUUAUCCAGAGCAACUGGAAUAUUGUCUCAAGAAGAAAGACAUUCUGGCAACUUGUUGGUGAGAAGCAGCUUCAUUACUAAAUCCUCUGAUCCUUUUCUAAGCUUGGACGUCUGUUGCUGUUGUUGUUGAAUGCUGUAAAUAAAGAUUUUAUCAGGGGCAGAUGCUCAAAUCAGA